AUGAUGCAAUAUUUUGCUGAAAAGAAAAAUGUUCGAAUUGAAGGGAACAUGCCUGCAGUACGUCAACAUGUUGAUCGUGAUGCACUUUAUCCUCUCCAAUGUCUUGAGAUCCUGCCUUUCCAGCGUGUAUCUAUAGAUAAGAUGCAACUGACUGAUGAAAUGGCUCAAAUUUCGAGCGAUCUUCUUAAGGCUAAUGCUGUUGGACCUGAUGUUCGUAGUGAAAUGAUUAAGGAUGUAAUGCGGCAAAUUGGACGAGAUGGUGAUUGUGCCAAAUUUAUGUUCCAUUUUGGUGUCAAACUUCGAGGUGAUCAAAACAACGUUCAAAUUGGCCAGCGAAGCUUACCGGUUAUCCGGUUUGGGAAUAAUCAAACAGCAAAUCCAAAUGAAAACGAUAAGGGUAGUUUUGAUAUUCGUGGUCCUCUUCGUUAUUUGGAGCCUUCUGAUGUCCUUCGUUCUUGGAUUGUGGCUUUUCCUCGAAGAGUAACACAGGAUUCAUUCAAUAAAUUUAUUGGCGAUAUUCAGCGAAUGGCAAAUCAACGUGGAAUGAAACUGCCUCAACCAGUUUUUGAAAAUCUUGAAGUCAAUGCUAUGGAACAACGCUUUGCUGAAUUUUCGAAGGCAAAAAUUCAAUUUGUUCUUUACAUUGAUGAACGUUUUGUUAAAUCUCACGCAAAACUGAAACUUUGUGAACGUCGUUAUACUGUGCUUACUCAACAUGUUAAUAUUGAGAUGGUUAGCAAAGCCGGGCCUGCUUCUGUUAGCAAUGUUCUUGCCAAAAUGAAUAUGAAGCUUUUUGGUUUGAACUAUAUGCCUCUCUUUGAUCCUGUGACCAAAAAUAAGCUUGACAUUGCUUCUGGUCAGAUUCUGGUUCUUGGCAUCGAUACUUCUCGUCCACCCAGAGCUACUGCGUUUGAAAAAUUCAAAUUAAGCAAACAAGGAAUGGAAGGAUUUACUUCGGAAGAUCCUCUCACUAUUGGGCAAGAUGUACUUGAUGUCGAUUAUUUUGGAGAGCGAAUCAAAUGGAUUGUUAGCACUUUGAAAGCUAACCGAAAACAACUUCCGUCGACUAUUUUCAUCAUUCGCGAUGGAAUUAGUGAAGGAAUGGUUCCUAAGGCUGUCAAUGGAGAAUUCUCGCGAAUUAUUGAAACGUUUAGAAGCAUUAACCAAGGAUGGGUUCCAAAAUUUGUCUUCGUUAUUGUUGAUAAGCGUCAUACAAAGCGCUUUUUCUUAAACACUGGUCCAAAUCGCAAUCCUAAACCGGGUUCAGUCAUUGACAAAAAGUUCGUCCGUGUGGAUCUUCAUGAAUUCUUUUUGCAAGCGCAUCAUCCACUUAAGGGCACAUCAAAGAUUCCUCAAUACAUGAUCCCAAUUAACGAGAUCAAGGCUAACAAUGACGAAUUGCAAGCAUUCAUCAUCGGACUUUGCAACAUGUGGCAAAUUGUUAAUAUGCCGCCUGCUCUUCCUUCUCCUGUUUUACAGGCAAAAGAGCUUGCAAAGCGUGGAAGCAAUAAUUAUGUGGAGAUGAAACGAACUGCUCCCCAAUACAUUCCUCGUAUUACUGGAGAACGUAUGAUUGAUUUUGCUAUGCUCAACACACGCGUUCCAUAUGGAGAUAGUGUUUUAAGUAAAACUCGUUUCAAUGCUUGA